AUGGCGCCCGACGGGGCGAGCAGGGGCGCCACGACGGGGCGGCAGGAGCCGGCGACCGACCAAGCCUCCCGAACUGAGCCAGGAGGGCUGGUCCAGGCAGCGCACACCGCCAGGCGGCUCUGGGGAGCCGGGUACCUGCCGGGGCCGCCCCCUCUGAUUGGCCAGGCUCACCUGCCCCGGGGUUGGGGAGGGCACGUGGGAAGGGGGGAGCAGGAGGGGAGAGGAGGAGGCGGGAGCGGGGUCGCCACCAAAAGGCGGACUGGAGCGCCCAGGAGGCUGCGCGACGGCUCGGAUCCGCCUCUGGCUCCCUCCUCCCCCUGGAGUCCCCCUCGUGGGUGGCGGGGAGGAGAGGAGAGGAGAAGCGAGCAAGGAAGGAAGGCAGGCAGGAAGGAGGCAGAGAGAAAUUAUCCCGAGGCUGCUUUGCGGCGCCGCGGAUCCAUUUCCCUCCAGCAGAACCCGUGGAAGGUCGGGACUGGGACAGCCAGCACUCAGCAGGAAAGGGAAGGCCACAAGCUGCACCUGUUGGGCGCGUCCAGCCGGGAAUUCGUUCCAAGGGAGGCGGCGGCGCGGGAGGCUCCCGCUGGACCGUCCACGCCCCUAAUUUCCGUGGAAAACCUCGCCAUUUCAAAGUGCCUUUACUCGGAAGAAAAGGCCAGAGUGGUAUGGAAAGCAGACCCCUUCCAGACCGCAGCCAAUCGCAAAGCUUCGUUGAAAACAGCCUCUUCGCUUGGAGCAGACCCACCGCGCUCUCCUUGGAAGCCAAAGAGCCAGAAAGAAACCAGAAGUGCCUCUUCACUUAACCAAGGAAAGCAUCUCAUCAUGGUAGGCCAAGAGAUGGUGGAUUUUACUGUGAGGCCCACAAGAUGAACCUGACAGCCGUGCAGUUGCUGGACUGCCAUUUGGGAGAGGAGGAAAUCCCCACCGAGCCGUCUGCAGAGACUUGUGGGCCAUGGAUGGAGAAGCUGCAAGCAAGAGGCGGAUCAAAAGGAAGGGGCACCUGGCUUGCUCUUCCUGUCUGGACUGGGACUGGGCAGUUAUUCCACUGGUGGCACACUGGUCAUACCCCUUAGUAUUCUUGUUGCUGUUAUUAAAAACACGCCUACCCCUGCCUUUCUGGUUUAAAAGAGAACCACUCAAGCCAGCUACCAAGGUGUACUAAAAAUCAGCUUGCAGGGAUAAAUGGGUCUCCCAGAGCAGGGAGUUCCAAAGGCUUUUUGUAACAUCUGAGUAAGCCUCCUGUCAACUGUGAAGACCUCAGUAGGCAGGCAGCAUCCUAUGGAAGUCGAUGGUCCUUUAGGUAGUCUCAGCCCAAGCCCAGAUGUUGUUGGACUACAACUCCCAUUGUCCCCAGUCACAAUAACCUAUUGUGCCUGGGGAUGAUGGGAGUUGUAGUCCAGCAACGUCUGGGGACCCAAGAACCCUGCCAUAAGGGCUUUCACAGGUGAAGACCAGCACUCUGAAUGGCACCUGGAGAUGGGCCAGCCAUUUGUAGGGCAUUGACUGUGGGGAGCAGCACUGCUCAUAGGGUCCUAGGGCUGUGGUCCUAAUCACUGGCUGCUCAAGCCCCCAGUGAUGUAGCAGUGAGGAGAGGAUUGAUUGACUGAUUGAUGUUAUGGGGGCUGAAGAUUCUUGAAGGAGAAGUAGCCAGACAAACUACUUUGAAAUGAGAGGCAGGAUCAGGGUCACCUAGUUCCUGACAACCGUUUGGGGAAGUGCUAUAGCAGGCGUGGGGCCCUACUUGCUCAGAGGCAGGGUCCCUGCUUUGCCUGCGGAUGGUCCCAAGCUCCAUCCCUGGCAGCAUCUCCAGGUCAGGUGGGGAGAGACCCUCCUCUGCCUGAGACCCACCCCGAGAGCCCUUGCUGGUCAGAGUAGGCAAUGAAGGGCUGGAUGGCCUGAGGGUCUGACGCAACAGAAGGCAGCUCCCAGUGUUCAUCAGGAGUGGAAAGCCAAAGCCCACCCCCCCAACCCCGCUUGUAAACCAUCUGCUGGCGAGUUCUGCUCCUGCAUGGCCAAGUGGCUGGGGCUGGAUUGGGCCCAGAGGCCUCCAGCUGUGCACUGCGAUCCAUCCCUAGAGGAAUGGAAGGAAGUGACUGAAAGAGAGUGGUGGGUCUGGAUGUGAGGCAGAAGGCUGUGUCCGCUGGAAGGAAUUCUUCCCAUGAGUUUUGGGCCCAUUCCCUGGUGCUUUCUGGAUGUCUCUUGUAAAGUGAAGUGUGCCUUCAAGUCGGUGUUGACUCUUGGCACCCACAGAGCCCUGUGGUUUUAUUUUGGUAGAAUACAGGAGGGGUUGACCAUUGCCUCCUCCCGCGCAGUGUGAGAUGAUGCCUUUCAGCAUCUUCCUCUGUCGCUGCUGCCUGAUAGGGGUGUUUCAGGGAAACACACCUGUGGGGAUUCAGACCAGCAACUUCUGGUCUGCUAGUCACGUCAUUUCCUUGCUGCACGAUCAGGUGGUACAGAACAGGAAAACCCUGAAAUAAGGGCACAUUUCCUGACCCUGAAGGGGGUCAUGUGUUGUUCCUGGGGAGGAGGGCAACAUAGUUGCUCGGAGGGUUCACCACUAGCUCAAUGGACAACCAGAAUCUCUCUAGGAGGCAUCAGAAAUGAAUCCUAUUCAGAGGUUUCCUUUUGUUUUGUUUGUUUGGCACAUUUCUAUACUGCCCUAUAAACAAAGCUCAGCAUGAUUUACUAUUUAAAGCAUAACAAUAAUGAAAAAUGUUAUUACUAAGAUGCGUGUAAAAUGGCCCCGGAAGUCUUGCCCUGACCCCAUCAGUCAUUCGAGGCCAUGUGCUGUUCCAUAGCCCUGAGAGCGGGCAUGCUUUCCUGAUGGGAAUUGUAGCCAUCGUCACGGCUAUGGGGGCCUUGUGUUGCUGCAUAGGGCUGGCAGGGUCAGGAUGGGACUUCCGGCCCCAUUUGACAGGGCUAUGAUGGCGGUGGAGGGCCAAUCCAGACACACAAACAGAGGCGUAUCUAGGGAAAAUAGUGCCUAGGGCAAGCACUGAAAUUGCGCCCCCUGUCCAGACAUCUGACACCCAUCUUUUAGAUAACUUUACUAUAAUAUCAGCUGAAAAAUACAAGUCAAGCUCAUUAAUCUUUUAAAAUUUCAAAAACUAUUUAGCAGUGGACGUAGCCAGACCAAAAAAUGCUGGAAAACUACAAAUUUCCGUAUGCUGGGGCUCGUGAAAUACCCAAAUACUAUUUGGAGGUGUACUUGGAAAACUAAACAGAAGUGCCUAUCUAAUUCUCUACUAUGCAUUGUAGCAUCACUAUUAUAUCAGUUUUAAAAAUAAAUGGAGAAUUUGGCUUU